UUUAUUUUCUUAGUAAAGUUAAUAAGUACACCAAAGAUGCGAUAACUGUACCCUAAGUUGAACGAACUAAGAUGCCACAUGACAACAAGUCGUCUAAUUGGAUUACAGGAUCGCUGGGUACAGUUCAUUCAACCCCGCGUGGCAGAAAUAUUGUCGCGCACGGGAAAUCGAAUGACAAGAACAGGAGCAACGACGCAUGCGCAGCAGAGUUUGUUCACCUUUAAGAUGCAUAGAUACACGGCCUGACUAAAUAAUGUCUAAUACUGACAGCAAGAUUUAUUAGUUUCUCAGCUCAGUUAGAGUUACCUGAUGAAGAUCUUUUGGAUUCCGCGAUUGACAGUGAAUGCAAUAAAUUGUACAAAUCACUCCAUGCUCCAAAAAUUAAUUUCACUGGCAUAAAUGGACCAGAGUGGACAAUUAUUCAACAACGCAUUGAUGGAAAAGAGGAUUUUUAUAGAAACUGGAAUACAUACCGCAACGGUUUUGGCUCCUUUAAUGGCUCCUUUUUCCUGGGUUUGCAGAAUAUUCACGACUUGACCAGUUGUCAGCGCCAUGAGCUUUAUAUUCACAUGGAGUUCUUCAAUGGCACCACUAUUUACGCGCGCUAUGAUAACUUUACAGUCUCUGAUGAGCAAGAUAACUUUAGACUGCUGUCCGUUGGAGAACACACCGGAACUGCUGAGGAUCGGCUUUACUUCCAUGUGAACCGUGGCUUCACAACAUUCGAUAAAGAUAAUAAUGACUGGGUGAAAGUUAAUUGCGCUGAGGAUCGGCAUGGCGCCUGGUGGUACGGUAUCUGCUCGAUUAGCAACUUGAAUGGAAAAUAUUUUGAUGCUGAGGUAUAUGGUUAUAGAACAUCAAUAUAUUGGGAACCGUGGAUUGCACUUAAGACUGUCAAAAUGGCAAUUCGACCAUUCCCAAAUAAAAAUUAAUAGAUGUACAUUAAUAAAUAUAAAAUAAG